GGUCGACCUGACAACGCCUAGCGGAGUACAGUAGGCAUCUUCCCUUCUCUGGGCCGCACCCGCAGUCCCGCACCGCCACGCGCCAGAGACCAUGUGGCGCCGCGCCGGAGCCGGGCCGCUCCUCCACCACCUCGCUGCAGCCGCCUCCGCCGCCGCCGCCGGCCGCUGCAUUAAUGGACGGCCGCUACCUCCUAUGCCCACCGCCUCUUGGUCCCCCCUGUUCCAGCACAAUCUUGGAAUCUCGUGGGGUUCCGCUUCUGUCGGGGCUCCCUUCCGGAGCCUGUCGAACCAGUCAAGCGGCGGCGGCGCGUGCUGGAGCUGCGGUGCGACGGGCGCGUUCCUCUCCUGCGGGUCCUGCGGGAGCGUGCAGCCUGUCGACCCCGCCGUCGACUACUUCCAAAUAUUUGGCCUAAAAAGAGAGUAUAAUAUAACGGAUAAUAACUUGGAAGGGAAGUACAAGGACUGGCAGAAGAAGUUACAUCCUGACCUAGUUCACUCGAAAUCUGAGAAAGAGAGGGGCUAUGCUGCGGAGCAGUCAGCACUUGUGAUCGAUGCAUACCGCACACUCAGCAAACCUUUAUCAAGGGCAUUGUACUUGUUGAAACUCGAGGGUAUACAUGUGGAUGAAGAAAAGACUAUCAAUGAUCCAGAACUUCUUAUGGAGAUGAUGGAGAUACGGGAAGCUGUCAGUGAUGCCAGUGAUUCUCAAACCCUGGAGAAGAUCCAAUCUCAGAUUAAGGCAAAGCUCGAAACCUGGUCCGAUUCCUUCCAGGAGGCAUUUGACAGGAAGGAUUUUGACCGUGCGGUGGAAGCCACACAGAGAAUGAGGUACUAUGAACGUGCAGUGGAAGAAACAGUGAAGAAGCUCUGAGCCUCUGAUCUUCUGUUACAGCUGCCAAAGGUGGUGAGGCUUGUGUCUUUUCGUACGGUUCCUUGCAGAUCCCCCUGUGCUCACGCAGCUACAUUGCAACAGUAACAUAGUACAGAGUAGGUCAUUUUUUUUACUUAUACGUUGCAAUGUAUUAUAUGACUACAUUGGAAUAUGUUACUGUAGCUACAUUGCAACAGUAAUAUAUAUGACUACACAAGACCAUACGUUGUAAUGCUAAAUUCCAAAUGUAUCCAUGGCUGGUGCACCGCAGGUAAUUUUUUUUUA